AUGCCGUGUACUUGCGGGAACUGGCGGCGCUGGAUCCGGCCACUCGUUGUGGUUGUGUACAUACUGCUUCUGGUGGUCGCGCUCCCCUUGUGUGUGUGGGAACUCCAGAAAGCGGAGGUGGGAACACACACUAAGGCGUGGUUCAUUGCUGGAGUGUUUGUGUUCAUGACUAUUCCUGUCUCUCUGUGGGACAUCCUGCAGCACUUGGUUCACUACACACAGCCAGAGCUCCAGAAACCUAUUAUCAGGAUAUUAUGGAUGGUGCCAAUAUACAGCUUGGACAGUUGGAUUGCCCUCAAGUACCCCAGUAUAGCGAUUUAUGUGGACACAUGUCGAGAGUGCUAUGAGGCGUAUGUCAUCUACAACUUCCUAAUGUUUCUGCUCAACUUCCUGGAGAACCAGUAUCCCAGCCUUCCUCUGAUGCUGGAGGUCCAGGAGACUCAGAGGCUGCUUCCACCUCUCUGCUGCUGUCCACCUUGGCCAAUGGGGGAAGUUUUGCUGUUCAGAUGCAAACUGGGAGUUCUACAGUACACUGUUGUCAGACCUGUGACCACUGUUAUAGCACUCAUUUGUCAGCUCUGUGGGGUCUAUGAUGAAGCUAACUUCAGUUUCAGAAAUGCGUGGAGUUACCUGGUCAUAGUCAACAAUGCCUCCCAGCUGUUUGCCAUGUACUGCUUGGUGCUGUUCUAUCGUACCCUGAGGGAGGAGUUGAGUCCACUGAGACCUGUUGGAAAGUUUCUCUGUGUCAAAAUGGUGGUCUUUGCUUCUUUCUGGCAGGCAGUGUUUAUUGCAUUUCUGGUAAAGGUUGGAGUGAUCUCAGAUAAACAUACCUGGGAAUGGGACAGUGUGGAAGCUGUGGCUACAGGAUUACAGGAUUUUAUCAUCUGUAUAGAGAUGUUUGUGGCAGCCAUUGCUCACCAUUACAGCUUUACCUACCGGCCGUACGUGUGUCAGGAGGAAGAAGGCUCCUGCUUUGAUUCUUUCUUAGCCAUGUGGGACGUCUCCGACAUUCGCGCUGACAUUUCAGAACAAGUCCGCAACGUGGGGCGCACUGUUUUGGGACGACCCCGUAAGAUGUAUUUUGGCUGUGAAGAGGGUCUGGAACAAGGAGAACACACUGGUCUUCUCAGAGGAGCAUCUCAGAACCUAGGGGAGGCAAACACUCUCUCUGUGCCCCCCUCGCCAAGAGGGCAGUACCAGGGGCUGGGUCACACAAAUACACCCCACUCUCUCUCCGCUCCUGCUGGCUUUAAUGCUUCCUCUUGGGAGAGUGACAGAGUUGUCAGUGGGUCCACAGCCAAGAACAAAGACACGAGGGUGGAGUCAUAG